AUGUCUGCCCCUAUCAUUCAUCUUCGCGCCGAGACCAAGUGGUUGGAGCACCGCAGUGCCCUCACCCCGAGCACGACCCGAGCCCUCAUCAAGGCUGGAUACGAGAUUCAUGUCGAGAAGAACCCCAAGCAGAAGGAAUACCAAAGGUUCUUCCGCGAUGAGGAGUUCGAGGAGGCAGGCGCGAAGCUUGUCGAGACCGGCUCAUGGAAGGAUGUCCCCACCGCCUCCUCCCCUGACGGCGGAAGAUACUUCGUUUUGGGAUUGAAGGAGAUUGAGGAGGGAACGAGCCCUCUUGGCCACACCUACAUUCACUUCCAAGUAUGCAGCCCUGGACUUGAAACUUUUGGAAUCACGCUAACUGGUGAUAGCAUUGCUACAAGCAGUGGCUGGGCUGAGGCCCUGUCCCGUUACCCUCGCGGAAACGGCACACUCCUCGACUUGGAAUUCUUGGCUGAUGACUCCGGUCGCCGUGUGGCAGCUUUUGGCUUCCACGCUGGUUUCGCAGGUGCCGCGCUUGCGGUCUCAAACUGGGCCUGGCAGCUCACUCACCCUGGCGAGCCCUACCCCAGCGUUGAGAGCUACCCCAACGAGGAUGCUCUGAUCGCAGACGUGAAGAAGGCGCUGGCUGAGGGUGUUGCCAAGGCAGGCUACACCCCGCGUGUCAUGGUCAUCGGAGCCCUUGGCCGUUGCGGACGUGGCGCAGUUGCCAUGGCCGAGAAGGCUGGCAUCGCAGAUAUCCUGAAGUGGGAUAUCCAAGAGACAACCGCUCCUGAGCGCAAGGGAAAGACCUUCCCGGAGAUUGUUGAGUCUGACAUCUUCGUCAACUGCAUCUACCUCAACCAGCCCGUUGGCCACUUCGUCAACCACGAGUCUCUGAAGGCUCCUGGCCGCAAGCUGAGCGUUGUUUGCGACGUUAGUGCUGAUACCACCAACCCCCACAACCCUAUCCCCAUCUACACCGUCGCCACUACAUUCGACAAGCCCACGGUCCCCGUUGAGGGCUACGACAACCCGCCCCUGAGCGUUAUCAGCAUCGACCACCUGCCUAGUCUGCUGCCCCGUGAGGCUUCCGAGGCCUUCAGCAAUGACCUGCUGCCGACUCUCCUGGAACUCAAGAACUGGCGCACCAACCCGGUCUGGGUCCGCGCUACCAAGCUCUUCGAGGAGAAGGUUGCCACUCUUCCCGCCGAGUCCCUGGGAAAUAAGGCCUAG